CUAUCUCCGAUGUUCCUUAUUCUCUCUUUCCUUUGCUUGCUUGCGUCUUCUCUGUAAUAUUAUUAUUCUCCUCCUUCCUCCUCCUCUUCUUCUUCUUCUUCUUCUUUGCCAUCUCCGAUUCCUCCACUCCACUCCUCUCGAUCCUCGCAGGCGGAAGCAAAAGUCCGAAUCCUCCUCUCCCUCCCUCCCUCUCUCUCUCUCUCUCUCUCUCCCCCCUUGCGUCGUCUGGACGUCUCUAUCUUGGUAUUGGAUAGCUCACUCCAAAUUGAUGUGCACUUCCUCUUGAGUAGCAUCUACAGAUAGAAGAGCUAUGCAACGGGAUAAUAAUACCAAUGCGCCGAACACGCCAAGGCUCCGGCACCGAAGACGCUCAAAUGAGGUUGUUCCAGACUCUAGUAGAGCAAAUGGAGGCAAUUUACUCGUUGAUGAUCAAAACAAGUAUCGGAGCAUGAUAAUACGUGCUCGCUCUACAGUAUGGAUGAUUGGAUCAUUCGCUUUAAUUAUCUACAUGGGCCACCUGUACAUUACAGCCAUGAUAUUUGUUAUCCAAAUCUUCAUGGCAAGAGAGCUUUUCAGUCUGUUGAGGAGAUCCCAUGAAGAUAGACAACUCCCAGGAUUUAGGAUGCUGAACUGGCACUUUUUCUUCACUGCGAUGCUCUUCGUGUAUGGACGCAUACUAAGUCAGCGGCUUGCGAAUACUGUAACACCUGAUAAAGUUUUAUAUCGGCUCGUGAGCAAUCUGAUCAAGUAUCAUACAGUCAUAUGCUAUUCCUUGUACAUCACAGGUUUUAUGUGGUUCAUUCUUACUUUGAAGAAGAAGAUGUACAAGUAUCAGUUUGGCCAAUAUGCGUGGACACAUAUGAUUCUGAUUGUGGUGUUUGUUCAAUCCUCCUUCACAGUUGCAAGCAUUUUUGAGGGAAUAUUCUGGUUUCUUCUUCCAGCAACACUGAUUGUUAUAAACGACAUUGCUGCCUAUAUCUUUGGCUUCUUUUUUGGAAGAACCCCAUUGAUCAAGUUGUCUCCAAAGAAAACUUGGGAGGGAUUCAUAGGAGCAUCAUUCUCGACUAUCAUAUCUGCUUUUGUGCUUGCCAAUAUUAUGGGUCGUUCCCAGUGGCUGACAUGUCCGAGGAAGGAUCUAUCAACCGGUUGGCUUCACUGCGAUCCUGGUCCAUUGUUCACGCCAGAGUAUUUUUCUCUUCAGGGAUUGGUUCCUGACUGGUUUCCUUGGAAAGAAAUUUCUAUUUUACCAGUUCAAUGGCAUGCGCUCUGCCUUGGUCUAUUUGCAUCAAUAAUAGCACCUUUUGGUGGAUUCUUUGCCAGCGGUUUCAAGCGAGCUUUCAAGAUCAAGGAUUUCGGCGAUAGCAUCCCUGGGCAUGGUGGUAUAACAGAUAGAAUGGAUUGUCAGAUGGUGAUGGCGGUGUUUGCGUACAUCUACCACCAGUCAUUUAUUGUGCCCCAGAGUUAUUCAGUCGAGAUGAUCUUGGAUCAGAUAAUGAUGAGCCUUAGUUUUGAGGAGCAGCAAGCGCUCUUUAUGAAGCUGGGGCAAAUUCUCCGGGAGAGGACAGUCGGGAAGUCGUAGGAAAUCUACAUCUCAUGAAAGGCUCAGUUUGGUUGGGUCCAUUUCUGCAGCAGCUCGUCAUCUUUGGCCUCGAAAUCAGAGUUGAUCAUAUUGGCUCAGCAAGGAAGGAAAAGACACGAUCUGUAUAUGUUUUUCCUCUUAGAAGUGCUAGUAGCUAUGCUCAAAUCUUUUUAGGUUGGUGGCAUAUUUGAUCUAGGUGUUUCGCUUCAUGUUCUGUAUAGUAACACUAGCCGAUAUCUUGUAUCGAGAAUGGCGUGGCAUUGAUUUUCUUAGCUAGCAAGUAGUUUGAUUCUGAUUGCUUUCCUGCAGGGGGUUUUAUGGAGGAAUAAUACCUUUUUGUUAAAUUUGUCACAAGCACUUUACCUGUAUGAUUCUUCGCAUUGUCUUCUGACAAUAAUCAGAUUCUCGCUCGCCUUUAUUCACGAGCACUUAGUUGUAUGAUUCUUAGCGUUUUCGCCUUU